AUGUCGUUAAUAUCGUGGCAUAACAUUGAUGUUUAUAGUAAACCAUUAGAAGUAAUACCUGUUCCCUAUUUGAAAAAAUAUAAUAAACACCCGAUUCGUAUACUGAAUAAUGUUUCGGGUUAUGCAAACAGUGGACACAUGUUGGCUAUUAUGGGUGCCAGUGGUUCAGGCAAAACAACUUUAUUAAAUGUAUUAGCACAUAGAUAUUUACAUAAUUAUACUGUCCAGGGGACAGUUAUGUUAGACAAUAAUCUGGCAAAUAUUAAUCAAAUUAGAUCGAUAUCGGCUUAUGUUGAACAGGACUAUCAAUUUAUCGGAACACUGACCGUUGCCGAACAUUUGGCAUUUCAUUCACAAUUACGUAUGAAUGGGUCAAUGUCGGCACUGGCCAGAGAUAGUCGUGUCAAACAAAUUAUGACAGCUUUGGAUCUGGAUGUAUGUGCCAACACAAUGAUUGAAUCGCCAUUUACUGGUCAGCAAUGCAUUUCUGGUGGCGAAAGAAAACGAUUAGCAUUUGCUUUGGAAUUAUUAAGUGAUCCGUCGAUUAUGUUUUGUGACGAACCGACCACCGGAUUGGACUCGUUUAUGGCGCUCAAUGUUGUUCAAGUGCUCCGUGAUAUGGCACAGUCGGGUCGGACAGUCAUCUGUACAGUACAUCAGCCGUCAUCUGAAGUGUUUGGACUGUUCAGUCAUUUACUAUUGUUAAUGAAUGGAGAGUUAGCUUAUUUUGGACCGAAAGAAUACUUUCUUAUUUGA